AUGGAUAUAAAACUAGCUAAAACCAAUAUUAGAAAACAAGUUGGAGGUAGUCUAUUAACUGCAAUUUUAUCAUUAGGUCGUGCAUUUGCACCAACAUUGGGCAAAACACUUGGAUUGUCAGCAUUGGUAGGUCUUGCUGGUGAAGGGGCCGGUCAAUUGGUUAAAAUGAUCUCUGGUGGAUAAAUUGGUGUUCUUUUUAUUCCAAACAACAAAAUAAAGCAAUUGAUAGAUAACAAACAUUUGUACCCUUCCGUCCCUAAAACGAAAGAAAAUUCAGCGCGCCUCCGAGUUCCUAGCAGUUAACUCCCUAGGGUUAAUACCCAGCGUUUUAAAAGUAGUUUUUUAAACAGGCUAUUUUUCAAGUAUAGAGUAGCUAUUUAAUGUAAUGUGGAUCUUGAAUGCUAAAUUCAAUGCUUUCACGUGGAAGUUGUAAUUCUUUCUGCUAUUUUUAAUGGUUUUGGUUUUAGCAUGUAUUUGUGCUUAAAGAACAAUAAAGACUUUAUUUAUUUAUUUAUCUCAAAAACAAAAAGAAAUGCUGAGAGCAUUACAAUCGGGUGGAAAAGUAAUUGUAAAACCAAGAAAAACAAAGUCAGCAGGCUUUAGGGGGCCAUUACUCGCUAGUAUUGGUGUUUCACUUACUAUUGAGGCCAUUAGAAAAAAAUAGCGGGAAAGGUGCUCCAAGAGUAGGAAUAUCUGACCAUUCAAGAACAAGAAGGUCAUUACCAUCAACUAGCAAAAAAGAUGAUGGUAUUGUAAAUCCAUAUGCACUUAUUCCUCCACCUUUUAUUGGAACAUAGAAAAAUCUAGUUCGUAUAGGAGUAAAAAAAAUUUCAGAAGAAAAAAGGAAAAGGGCUUCUAUUAGGCAAAAGCAGCCCGUUCAAUGGAAUCCCAUUACUAGGCGCAACAUUGUUACACCAAACGUUUUAUAAAAACAAGCUUUAAAGCAAUCCUGAUCGAUUUAAUAAAAUGGUGUAAAUAUUUAAGAAUACCAAUAAAACAUGUAUUAUCAAGAGAUGAAAAAGUCCAUAUAAUCAUAAACAAACAUUAAUCAUAUACAAUUUAGAGCCUUCAUAUAUGUCUGGAUUGAUUUAUUUGCUAUGCCCCCUUUUCAAAUCAAAUUCAAAAUUUAAAUACCACUACUCUGGUUAUUUUUGUUUGUUUGUUUGUUUUUUUUAAUGAGAUGAACAAAGGACAUCAUAUUAUGAUUAAAAGUAUUUGAUAUAAAUGAUGGCAUUAAAAUGAGGAAUUCAUAGGGAAGUAUUUCAAAAAUAUAUAAUCAUAUACAAUGGUUAAAUCAUAUUGUGUAAAAGAAAGAAAAUAAACUGAAUGUGUCGAACCAAGGGACUAUAAAAAAGCCAAAAAUGGUCCAUUAAUGUUUUUCUGCACUUGUGCAUCAUGUGGUAUUACAAAACCCAAAUUCGUAAAAAGCCGGCGAAACCAGUUAGCCCGUGUUAAAGGGCGGGCGUAGCAGAUAAUAUAGCAGUUAGUACAUUGGAUAUGUUUGUUACUCAUGGUGUUCCUGGGAUGGGUAAGAAAGCAGUUGAGAUGGGUCGUUAUGGAGCCAGUGAGUUAAUGAGAAAUGAAAAAUUUUGGAAAAAAGCAAUUGAUUAUACUCUUGAUAAAUUAAACCCUACGAUUCAAAAUGUUGGUAGUCAAGCGUUAGAUCAGUUACCAACAAAAAUAAGACUAAAUAAAAGAUAUAAAACAGAUAGGAAGGAUUUGGAUUGCACAGGGUUUUCCCUUACGCGCAAAUACGCGUCAGAGACGCGUUGUUUAGCCGAAAAAGAAAAAAAAGACGCAAACACCAAAGAGAACCGGUCCUCUAGGACGCACAUGUUCUAGAGCGAUAGUUCACUAAAAAUUAGUUCAGAACUGCGUAGAUCUGCAAAAAAUCUUUUUUGAGAAUGAAAUAUAAAGACUUUUUAAUCUUUUUUUUCUGACUCUUUUUAAAACUAAAAAGAGCCAUACUCACUUUGAAUGGUUCUCAAGCUUACUUUUUUGAUGUUCCGAGAUCGGGGAACCACUUUUGACAUUCCUUGCAGAGGUUUGGGAACUAAUGUUUUAUUGGGAGGCAUUCUGCGACAGAAAGUGAGUUGGAAAAACAUGGCGGAUUCGGAAUCACAGCCCAGUGAGCCCGCUAAGAAAAAGAUGCGUUUUCUGCCUGCUUGGUUGAAAGAAUUUACAUGGUUGCGAUGUCUGUAAGUCAACAGGUAAUAGAAACCCUUUCACAACCGUAGGCUAUAACAAUCUUCAGAAGUUGGCCCUGGAAAGGAGCCAAAAUUCUAAAGAUCACAUUUUGAGUAUCAGUGACCUCAAGCUUAGAAAAGGCUUUCAAGCGACAGUUUCAAAUGCAAAGACGAGCAUCGACAAUCAAACCCUGGAAAUUACAAGGAGGCACAUUGUUCAGCAUAAAAAGUGUAUCUUAUGACUACGAACAACAUGCUGCUGAUAAAUUCCAAUAAUGGAACGUUAGGCUGCGAACGGUUGUAGUGAUGCUUCUGUUUUUUAGAAGAAACCCGAAAAUGGUUCAAAGAUUUCCUGGAAUUUGAAACAAUGCUAACCUUAGGACUCCUACUGUUCCCUCUGGGACCCUCAACCUUUGGUUAAAGGAGUCUUAGGGACUCCGAAAGGAAAAUAUUGAGGUAAAACCCUGAUUGCAAAGGCAUAAUGGAAGGAUUGUUGUAAUAGGGUAUAUUUGGCUCGCCUUGGAUAGUUGAUUACAAAAAAGGUUACAAAUUAUAAACUGAUCCUGAGUUAUUUGCACCUGUAAAUGAAAUGCCUGUAAAAGAUGCUAAAUUAUUUCAAUAUAUACAAAGAUCAAUAUUAUAAAGCAAAGCAAAAGAAAUGGGUUGAGGUGCUGGAAUUGAUAUUCAUUAAAUGA